ACAUAUACACUGGCAUAAGUUUGGUUAUAAAUGAAUUUUUUGAUCAAUAUACCAUUAGUUUGCGAAGUUUCAACACGAAAUGUCUACCAGGACGAGUGCAAUUUAUCGAAGUAUUCCAUCAAUUCAAGACGAAGAUUUAACCCCAGGGUCAACGAAAAUGAAGAAGAAGCCAUGGGAAUUGCGGAGAAACCGAAGUCCUGAGUGGAUCUUUACAGAGAAGGAACUGUUGGAAGAUGGCUUGAAACAUGCGGUCAUGCUGUACACGUGGCGAUGUUGCUCUCGAGCCAUCCCGCAACAGAAGUCCAAUGAGCAGCCGAACUGGGUGGAAAUCUAUGAAAAGACUGCUGAAGUAUUAGCUCCUGAAGUGAAAAAGCUGCUUAAUUUCAUGUAUAUUCAGGUGAGCAUUCUAAUUUUGUUCGUUUUCGACAUUCA